ACUACACAGUUUUUAUUUCAUUUGGUUUCAUUGACUUCGUGUCACGUCAAAAACAGGUUUUUACGAGUUGUUAUAAUGUUUAAGGAACACGAACAGAUUUUAACAGCUAUGAAAGAAUUAUCCAAAAACGAUAAAUAUUCUAUUCUACUUCCUACAUAUAAUGAAGUUGAAAAUUUACCGAUUAUAGUAUGGCUAAUUGUAAAAUAUAUGGACGAGAGUAAGUUUGCAUAUGAAAUUAUUAUAAUAGACGAUGGUUCACCAGAUGGUACUUUAGAUAUAGCAAAAAAGUUACAAAAACUCUAUGGGGAAGAUAAAAUAAUUUUGAAGCCAAGGGAGAAAAAACUUGGACUAGGAACAGCUUACAUGCAUGGAAUUAAAUAUGCGACAGGAAACUUUAUUGUUUUAAUGGAUGCAGAUCUUUCUCAUCAUCCCAAGUAUAUUCCAAAAAUGAUAGAACUCCAAAAAUAUCAAGAUUUGGAUAUCGUUAGUGGAACUAGAUAUGCUGGAGGAGGUGGUGUUCAUGGUUGGGAUUUUAAAAGAAAAUUGAUAAGUAGAGGUGCUAAUUUUCUAACUCAACUUUUACUGAGACCUGGUGCGAGUGAUCUUACAGGGAGCUUUAGGCUUUAUAAAAAAGAUGUAUUAGAACAACUCAUUAAAUCGUGUGUAUCAAAAGGAUAUGUAUUUCAAAUGGAGAUGAUAGUAAGAGCACGACAAUUUAAUUAUACAAUAGGUGAAGUUCCUAUUGCAUUUAUUGACCGAGUAUAUGGUGAAUCUAAACUGGGUGGUUCUGAAAUUUUCCAAUUUGCAAGAGGUCUUCUGUAUUUAUUUGCUACCACAUAAAAAAAUUUUACAUCUAAAUUAAAAAAUAUAACAGCAUUUUUUUUAUUUGAAUUUUAUAUUAAGAUAAUA